AGAGCUCCGCAACCGCAAGCGGUCCAAACUCGUGCGGGUCCAAACCCGCUCCGCGCGGGUGCGGGCGGCGAGCUUAGGCUGGGACCGUACGGAUCCGCCGGUCCCGAGGCCGCCCUGUCUGCCGCCCCACGCCUCCUGGCUCUCGGCGGACCGCGGGUCUGUCCCGCGGGGCUCUAACUGGGCCUGGAAACUCCUGCAGGGUUCAGAGCUCAGAAAGUCGACUCAUCACCUAAUUCGCCGGGGAGCUGGAGCGCAGGGAGCCCGGGCGCUGCCGACCGCUCCUCCCCACCCCAGCCCCGCCCGGGCUCUGGGAGUCACACAGCUUGCCCCCCCGCCCCCCACCCCUGGCAGACAAAGGGCCUGGGCACAGUCGCCGCCUGGCCGCCGGCGCUCCGGGGAGGCUGCUGCGUGCGCUGUGGAACGCGCGGGAGGCGCGCGCUGUGGAGAUGGGCCCCGAGAUGCGCCUGACUCGCAUCUGCUGCUGCUGCUGCCUCCUCUACCAGCUAGGCUUCCUGACGCAUGGGACCAUCUCAGGGCUGCAGCUCACCCCGGAUCUCGAGGAAUGGGAAGUCGUGUUUCCUGCACUCUGGCGCCGGGAGUCGCCGAACGCCACGGGCCUCAGCCGGGGCAGCGCUGGGGGCGGCGGCCGGGGGCAGGCUUCGGGCAGCUCGCGCGAGGUGCGCUCGGUGGCCAGGGCACCGCUGGAAGAAGCCGCCGGAGGCCAUUCUGAGCCCUGGUUCGCGUCUCCCCUGCAGCCAGGUGCUGAGGACGAGGAGGAACUCGACUCUCAGGAGCUGCCUCGGGGAUCCAGCGGGGAUACCGCCCUGUCCUCCGGAGCCCCGGCCUCGUGGCAGCCUCCUGUGCCCCCGCAACCGCCCUCAUCCCCGCCCCCUGCCCAGCAAGAGGAACCCAGUACGGAGGAGGUGCUGUUGCGGAUCCCGGCCCUCUCCAGGGACUUGUACCUGCUGCUCCGGAGAGAUGGCCGCUUCCUGGCGCAGCGCUUCGCAGUGGAGCAGUGGCCCAAACCAGGUCCUAAUCCCACCCAGGCAACGGUUGACCCUCGCCCUCCCAUGCCACCAGAUGCCUCCUGCUUUUACACCGGGACAGUGCUGCGCCAUCCUGGCUCUCUGGCCUCUUUCAGCACCUGUGGAGGUGGCCUGAUGGGCUUUAUACAACUCAAUGAGGACUUCAUAUUCAUUGAGCCAUUCAAUGAUACAAUGGCCAUCAUAGGUCACCCACACCGUUUAUACAGGCAGAAAAGGUCCACAGAGGAAAAAGUCACAGAGAAGUCAGCUGUUCACCGCCAUCACUGUGGUGUCAUUUCAGAUAAAGGAAGACCAAGGUCUAAAAAAAUAGCAGAGAACAGACGAGAAAGGCGGUAUUCUUACAAAUUACCCCAAGAAUACAACAUUGAGACUGUAGUCGUUGCAGACCCUGCAAUGGUUUCCUACCAUGGAGCAGAUGCGGCCAGGAGAUUCAUUCUGACAAUCCUAAACCUGGUUUUUAACCUUUUCCAACACAAGAGUCUGAGUGUGCAGGUCAACCUUCGUGUGGUAAAGCUCAUUCUUCUCCAUGAAACACCAGCAGAUCUGUAUAUUGGGCACCAUGGAGAGAAAAUGUUGGAGAGCUUUUGUAAGUGGCAGCAUGAAGAGUUUGGCAGGAAGAACGAUAUACAUUCGGAGAUGUCGACGAGCUGGGGAGAAGAUGUUGUUUCUGUGGAUGCAGCUAUUCUUAUAACAAGGAAAGAUUUCUGUGUCCACAAAGAUGAGCCAUGUGAUACUGUGGGUAUUGCUUACUUGAAUGGAAUGUGUAGUGAAAAAAGAAAGUGUAUAAUCGCUGAAGACAAUGGUCUGAACCUCGCGUUUACAAUUGCUCAUGAAAUGGGUCACAACAUGGGUAUCAGUCAUGACAAUGAUCACCCAUCCUGUGCUGAUGGUCUUCAUAUCAUGUCUGGUGAAUGGAUCAAAGGACAGAAUCUCGGUGAUGUUUCGUGGUCCAGGUGCAGCAAAGAAGAUUUGGAAAGAUUUCUCAGGUCAAAGGCCAGUAGCUGCUUGUUGCAUACAGAUCCGCAGAGUCUGAGUUCUGUGUUGGUUCCCUCAAAACUGCCAGGGAUGGCUUACACUGCAGACGAACAGUGCCAGAUCCUCUUUGGGCCUUUGGCUUCUUUUUGUCAAGAGAUGCAGCACGUUAUCUGCACGGGUCUGUGGUGCAGAGUGGAGGGGGAAGCAGAAUGCAAGACCAAGCUUGACCCACCAAUGGAUGGAACUGACUGUGACCCUGGCAAGUGGUGUAAGGCUGGAGAAUGCACCCGCAGGACCCCUGCACCCGAGCACUUGGCUGGAGAGUGGAGCCCAUGGAGUUCCUGUAGUCGAAGUUGCAGUUCUGGGGUCAGCAGUCGAGAGCGCAAGUGUCCUGGGCUAGGUUCUGAAGCAAGGGACUGUAAUGGCCCCAGAAAACAGUACAGAAUAUGUGAGAAUCCACCUUGUCCUGCAGGUUUGCCUGGAUUCAGAGACUGGCAAUGUCAGGCCUAUAGUGUUAGAACUUCGUACCCAAAGCAUGCGCUUCAGUGGCAAGCUGUCUUCGAUGAAGAAAAACCAUGUGCCUUGUUUUGCUCUCCUGUUGGAAAAGAACAGCCCGUUCUUCUAUCAGAUAAGGUGAUGGAUGGAACUUCUUGUGGCUAUCAGGGACUAGAUAUAUGUGCAAAUGGCAGGUGCCAGAAAGCUGGUUGUGAUGGUUUAUUGGGGUCUCUUGCCAGGGAAGAUCAUUGUGGCAUAUGUAACGGCAAUGGAAAAUCAUGCAAAGUCAUUAAAGGCGAUUUUAAUCACACCAGAGGGGCAGGUUAUGUAGAAGUACUGGUGAUACCUGCUGGGGCGAGAAGAAUCAAAGUUGUGGAGGAAAAGCCGGCACAUAGCUACUUAGCUCUCCGAGAUGCCAGCAAGCAGUCUAUAAACAGUGACUGGAAGAUAGAACAUUCUGGAGCAUUCAGUCUGGCUGGAACUACAGUCCAUUACAUAAGACGAGGCCUGUGGGAGAAGAUCUCUGCCAAAGGUCCCACAACCACACCUUUACAUCUCCUGGUACUCCUAUUUCAAGAUCAGAAUUAUGGUCUUCACUAUGAAUAUACUGUUCCAUCAGACCCACUUCCAGACAAUCAGAGCUCAAAGGAGCCAGGACCUCUCUUCAUGUGGACACACGCAGGCUGGGGGGAUUGCAAUGCCACGUGUGGAGGAGGGGAGAGGAAGACAACGGUGUCCUGCACAAAAAUCAUGAGCAAGAAUAUCAGCCUUGUGGACAACAAGAAAUGCAAGGAUUUGACCAAGCCAGAGCCACAGAUUCGAAAGUGCAAUGAGCAGCCUUGUCAAACGAGGUGGAUGAUGACAGAAUGGACCACAUGUUCACGAACUUGUGGAAAAGGAGUCCAGAGUAGACAAGUGGCCUGUACCCAGCAACUGGAAAAUGGAACCCUAAUUAGAGCCUGGGAGAGGGACUGCAAAGGGCCAAAGCCCGCCACUGCCCAGCGCUGUGAGGGUCAGGACUGCAUGACGGUGUGGGAGGCCGGAGUGUGGUCGGAGUGCUCAGUGAAGUGUGGCAAAGGUGUGCGGCAUCGUACCGUGAGGUGUACUAACCCAAGAAAAAAGUGUGUCCUCUCCACCAGACCCAGGGAGGCAGAGGACUGUGAGGAUUACUCAAAAUGCUACGUAUGGCGAGUUGGUGACUGGUCUAAGUGCUCCAUUACCUGUGGCAAAGGCAUGCAAUCUCGUGUUAUCCAGUGCAUGCAUAAGAUCACAGGAAGACAUGGAAAUGAAUGCUUUUCUUCAGAGAAACCUGCAGCAUACAGGCCGUGCCACCUUCAGCCCUGUAAUGAGAAGAUUAAUGUGAAUACAAUAACAUCACCAAGGCUGGCUGCCCUGACCUUCAAGUGCCUGGGAGACCAGUGGCCAGUGUACUGCAGAGUGAUACGGGAGAAGAAUCUUUGCCAGGACAUGCGGUGGUACCAGCGGUGCUGUGAGACUUGCAGGGACUUCUAUGCCCAAAAGCUACAGCAGAAGAGUUGACCUCUGGCAGGCUGGCUGACUGGCUCAUAGCUUUUUUUUUGCUAUUGCAUUAUUUAUAAACACACACUAGCAUGUUUUUCAGACCAAAUAUUAUCAGAUUACAUAUAAUUUAAUCAAAUUAAUUUAUUUGCCUGCCAGGCAUCUAAUGUGGUGUUCGUUUUGGUUAUACAAACAUUUUGAUUUUAUACUAUGAGGCUUCAUAAAUAAUUUUAUACAAAUGAGUAAGUUGGGUCUAGUAAACUAAUAAGAAAAAAAGAAAUGAUUUUUUUUCACUUAGGGCUGUCUCUAAGGUGCUAUUUUCUCUCCACCAAAACCAUUAAGUUAUCCAGUGUGUACACUACCUUAGCAUGAUAGCUUAGCUAUAUAUGCAGAAAAUGACGUAUUUUCUUGUGUCCUGCUGCAGAUCCGCCCAUUUUCUGUUCAUGGCAGGAGAUGUGUAA